AUGGAAAAUCAGUUUUCGGAUUCGUUGGCUGAGAUGGGUGAGCAGGUCUUUCGAGACGAUAUUUUGAUGGAGAUUUUCACUCGAACAGACCCGAAGAUGGCGGCGAGAUGCAGAACCGCAAGCACAACUUGGCAUGUCCGACUGUCUUCCGACAGAUUUAGGAGAGACAACACGCUCGCGAACAUCAGGAAACACCGUAAGGUGUUGCUCCAGAUUGGUGACCCAGAGACGUACGGUUCAACCGAAUCAUUUUGCAUUGUGGACUGUGUAGACGGAGGAAGAGUAGCCGCGCCAAUGCCAGAGCAGCUGGGUUCCCGUGGAUGGUGGACUGUUAUCGGCUCCAAUUACGGUGUGAUCUGCGUCCAGUAUAGCACGACUGGUCCUGAUUUGAGACUCCUGUUAUGGAACCCGUUGCUGCGAGUCGUUCGGCCACUAGACGAUCCGGCCAAUAAACUACUUAAACAAGCCGUCAUCGGAUACGCAUUUGGAUACCGAGCGGGAAUUGACAACUACUGCAUCAUCUAUAUGUCAAAGAGGCACGUCCUAAAUAGGUUUUUGCACUGCAAUGUUUUCAACUUCACAGAAGGAAGCUGA